AUGGACUCUCCAACUUUCGUCCUCAGUACAAUCCACCGUCUCGAAACAUCUUCCACUGUGUCUGAAGUCAUACCUCGAUCGCGCACUGUCGUUUUCCGUGGUUUCUGGGCCUCACUGCCCGUCAACCCCAAGAACACGGCAGAGCUCAACCCCAAUUGCUACGAAAGCGACCUGCCUACCAUCACGACCGACGCACGCAUGGAAAAGGUCUCGGAAAUCAUCCCAGGCGGCUCGAACGUUGAGUCUCGAUCGGGUGGCGGUGGCCCCGUAGAAGCCACUUUCUGGGCUGCAAAGGCAAGGACACAAUGGCGAUUGCGGGGAAAGGCCUACUUUCUCGGGCCCGAUAUUGAUUCAGAUGCUACAGCCCCGGUGAGAGAGGCUAUAGAGCCGUAUAUGCGCAUCACUGGUAGCACAACCUCCUGGGAGUGGAGUCGGGAGUUGACAGCACACUUCGGCAACUUGAGUCCCAUAAUGAGAGGGUCAUUCCGAAACCCAACACCCGGGACACCGUUGAGCGAGAAGCCAGAACCUGGCUUGGAGCUAGGUCAGAUUGUAGAUGACCUACAUGAUGAGGUCGCGAGGAAGAACUUUAGAGUGGUCGUUAUUGUGCCGGAAGAGGUUGAUAGGGUAGAUCUGUCAGACCCAAAACGGGCACGAAGGUGGAAUUAUAAAAUGAAUGACGAAGGGUCUUGGGAAGUGGUUGAAUUAUGGCCAUAG